AAGUGAAGCUUAUCAAAGAGUGUUGUUGACGCCCUCAGCGGGGACCUCCUGCUGCUGCUGCUGCUGCUGCUGCUACAACUGUGGCCCUCAUGCUCCUCACACCAUGAUUCUCCUGGAGAUUAACAACAGAAUCCUCGAGGAAACGCUCACCGUCAAGAUAAGAAACUCGUUAAACGGUAACAAAGCCGAGUCCAUUGAUGUAACUAUAGCAGACUUCGAUAGCGUGCUCUACCACUUAUCUAAUAUUAAUGGUGACAAGACAAAAAUACGGGUGAGCAUCUCCCUAAAGUUCUAUAAACAACUGCAAGAGCAUGGAGCAGAUGACCUUGUUCAACAAGAAUAUGGCAGCCUUCUUAUGGCUGAACCGGAGUCUGGUUUUAAUGUUUCCCUUUUACUGGAUCUGGAGAAACUUCCUGAGGACUGGCAAGUGCUUGUCAAAAAGAUAGGCCUGCUGAAGAGGAAUUGCUUUGCAUCUGUCUUCCAAAAGUAUUUUGAAUUCCAGGAACAAGGUUUGGAAGGCCAGAAGAAAGCAAUUAUACACUAUAGAGAUGAGGAAACAAUGUAUGUAGAAGCCAAGGCAGAUAGAGUAACAGUAGUGUUCAGUACAAUCUUCAAAGAUCCUGAUGAUGUUGUUAUUGGAAAAGUCUUUAUGCAAGAGUUCAAGGAAGGAAAAAGAGGGAGUCAAACAGCUCCACAUGUAUUAUUCUCUCAUAAGGAGCCACCAUUAGAACUUCAGGACACUGAAGCUAGACAAGGAGAAAAUAUUGGAUAUGUUACAUUUGUGUUAUUUCCUCGGCACACCUGCAAAGCUGCAAGAGAUAACACCAUAAACCUGAUUCAUAUAUUUCGGGAUUACUUACACUAUCACAUAAAGUGCUCAAAGGCCUACAUUCAUUCUCGCAUGCGAGCCAAGACUAGUGACUUCUUGAAGGUUCUCAACAGAGCGCGACCUGAACCAAAUAAGUCUUCAACAGAUAAGAAGACUGCAUCGGGUCGGUCAUUCAUGCGUGCCAACUGAUAGUGGAUGUUGCUUGGUAUUGAAUCAAGUAUCAACAUGAUCAACAUCAUCAUCCUGCUGUGAUUGGCUGCUGGGAAAGUCCAGGGCAUGUUGUGUAGCAGUGGUUUAGCUCCAUUAGUGCUAGGACUCAUUCAUAGGUUGAUCAUCAUCAAGUUGCAUCAAGCAAAUUUUUUAAUGUGUGACUUCUAGGAAUGGGUGUCGGAGUUGAGUACUGCAAGUACUUGUAUUUUUAAUUUGUUUACAGUGAUAUUGAAGUUGAAAAUUGUAUUAGCUGCCUUUCUAUGACCAUACAUAUGCAGUACUGUAUCGCAUUCCAAAAAGGCAAAAUUCCGAGACUUGUUUAUAGCCUCUGCAUAUUAAGUUGUAGCUCAGCACUUCAUAAGCAGAGUGUAUUUGUUGUUGAUUAUGUUGAGCCAUACAGUUUAUUCCUCAGUGACACUCGUCACAGUGAUAUGAAUAGGAGUUAGCCUUAAUAAUGCCACCAUAAAUCAUUUACAUUUGAAUGGAUAGUCACUAGAAAAUAAGCUUUUAUGAAGAAUCUGAAGAAACAUAUUUACUCCUGAGCAUCUCGAGUCUCUGCUUUCUGCAGCCUAAGAAUGUGGUAAUAUAUUCGGGUAAACUGCUGCUGUCGUCAUCCACCUCUUCCCUGUGGCCAUAAUCUUUCUUCCAAUGGUAGGAGCCAAUACGGGAAAUAUCACCAUAGGGUCAUAGAUUUAGGAUCUGAAAAUGUAUGAAAAAAAAGUCAAGUCAUGACUGCCAACCACCAAAGUUAUGUAGAUUUAGUUCAUUGAUUCUCGUACAACUAAACCCUGAAAUGAAGUGUCAGAAGAGGCAAGUAUCUUUUUGCCUGUUGAAUACAUGCGCUGUACGGCCAGCAUACGAGGGACUAUUGUACCUUAAUUACCUCAGUUGUCUGACUAAAGUACUGUAUUCAUACUGUCACAAAUUAGGGAUUAGUUAAUGAGGCUCCAAUGAGAUUCUGGCUGGCAUUAUCAUUCCCUUACUUCCAAUGAGGAACUUUAAACCUUCAGUAUUCAUUGUUGUUGCCUUGGCCAGGGUUAGUUUUGUCUCCAUUUACAUUAUUGGAAAAAAAUAUAUUUAGAGAAAUGUUGUUUUGGCUUUAUUGGUGUUUACAAAUAUUAAGAUUAAUAAUUGUAAUAGUCCAAAUUUAUGGACUGGGAUGAAAAUGACAGAUCUCGUGUAUUUCCCAGAAUCAUGUGUUGGGUGUACUAGCUAUGAGGUGAUACUUCACAAAAACAAUUUGACCAAACACAUUUUGGUAACUGUUGAUCUUUAUACAAAGGUAAUUAAGAGAUCUUGCUCAUAUGCGACAUGAAACAAAGGUUAGUAUACCCACCCAGUAUCAAGUUAGGUAUUUUGUUUAACUGUAAAAAAAAUAUUGUUAUUAUUCAUGAUUAAGGUAAUACUGUAAUAUGAAUUACAUAGCUCAGUAAUUUUUUAUAUUGAUUUGUUCAUUUAUUUCAUGGGUAAAUGUGAAGUGUUAAAUUGUGGAACAUCUGUAUUGUCCAAGAUGAUUGCUAUUGUCCGAGAUGGUGGCUAUUGUCCGGGAUGGUGGCUAUUUGAUUUAUGGACAAUAAAAAUAUAUAUAAUUCCAUUGAACUCUUCUAGCUUUGUUGAAGAGAUGAAGUGAAAAAAGAUGGUUGAAACUUAACAAGCAGAGAUACAUCAUAAUUUGAGUGUCCCUUAAGUCCCGCCUUAUGCCCCAUCCAUUUUGCUUGUCAUUGAACAAAUGACUUCUAUGAUUGUUGAUAUCCCCAUCUGCUUAUUUAUGUCUGGAUGGAACUGUUAUAUAGUGGUGAACAUUUGUAAAUAGUAAAAUGAAAGGUAUUAUAAAAGGAUUACAGUUUCUUAUUGAUUAUUGCCAUUGUUUUGAUGUGGAGGUGCCAUUCUUCAUUACUGUUUUUGUCAUGUUUGCAAAAUUAGUUAUAAAUGAUUUAAUGUAUAAAUAUUUGGAAUAAAUUUUUUAGUUGGAUAGUGUAACAUCAACUUUAAAGUUUAACAUUAAAGCUUUUAAAAAUAUGUACAAGGAAACACAAGCAUAGAAACCACAAUGUAGAUAUUUGUCAAGUUGUUACAAACUAAGUGUGCUAUGAUUACAGUAUAUUAAUACACUUAACAUGUGCAUUGUAAAGAUGAUAGACUGGUCAAAUGUUUUACAUUCUUCCAUAUAACAUUCCUAAUAUUUUGUGCCAUUACUGUAGGUCUUUUAUAUAAUUUAUUCUUAUUCUAUAUCACAAUAUUAAUGUAGUUAUCAGUUUGUGGCAUCUGUUAGCCUCUAUUACAUAAAUGCCAAAAUGUUUUCAACCAGUGGCUGUCAGAUACAUACAUACUCCAGGUAAAAUAUUUAUAAUUAUUAGUUAAGUAAUGAUAGAAGGCACCUUCAUGAUCCUAAUAUUCUGAACAACUUUGUUGUUAAUUGAUUUCAGAUGAAUGUGGAUCAUGCUGUUUGAAUGUGCUUGGUAAUGUUUUCGUCCUGGGACUUCUCUGGGUCAUUUAGACCAUCAGAUUUGCUGUACAAGUGAUGCCGGGAGUCUUAGGGUUUAGUUCCCACUUCAUCCUACACCUGUAACUGAACACCUUUUUCUUUGCAAAUAAUUCUUUAUUUGGUCUUGCUUUUUUAUUAUAGUAUAAUUUGAUAUAGAUCACACGUCAUUUCUAUUGUUGCAUUAAACAACAAGUAUCACCUGUCAUAUUUUUGUCUCUGUGGGGUAUAUUAAGGGGAAUCACUGCAUGUAGAAACCAUAAUGAAUAUGAUUGCAGUCUUAAUAUUUUUAGCAACCAAAUAUUUUGUUUAUUAAUAGCUUCGAUUUUGGACUUUAUAUUGGAAUUUGUUAAGUUCUGAAAAAUAAAAUAAAGUAUUAUCUAAUAUAUUAGAAACAGAUAUACAAGUUUGAAAUUGUCAUCUUUCAUGUUAUUGAUGUUAUAGUCAUCUUCAUAGAUUUUAGUGAGGGUUACCAGAAGUUCAGAGCAAUGAUAGUUUAUAAACUUGCAUUGUGACCUUCACCUUCUGUUAAAAUAUGAAACCUUUUGGGAGAAUGAUGAUAUGUCCUUACAAACUUAACAGAAUGUCAUGCCACAUGUUUGUUAACAAUACUUUUGAGCUUUUGUAAUGAAAAGUUGAAACUUGAACUACAGUAUAUAACUUUUUCAUAAAAAAAGUAGUUUUAGUUAUUAAGCUUUUAAAUAUUCCAACUUGAAUUUGACAAAUUUAAGAUAUUUUAUUUUCGAUAUUGGAUGUAGUUGAUAAUCAUGGUUGAAUAAUACCAGGAAAAUUCUGCACAAGUUGUCUUGGAUCAACAUAAUCUUUUUGUUAAUGGCUCUAGUUUGAUUUUUGUUUUGUAGGUAAUGUCCACAUACAUGCUGUGUUUCUGGACCUUAAAUGGUACUAAUAUUUCAAGGAACUUUCCAAACACAUUGAAAUAUGAUAAAAGUUACAGUAAUAAGUUAGUCUUUUUGCAAUGCCUCAUCAAAUCGGUUUGAUAUAAGUAAAGCUUUUCACUGUUC